AUGCAACUCACCAACCUAACUUUCGCCACUCUCUUCAUGACCCUCUCGGUCUCGACUGUCUUCGCCGACAAAAUCUGCGGCAACACCAUCGUCAAGCAGGUGGGAAAAUGCCACAACGACCAAGACGCCCAAGUCUGCUACGACGGGGUCGACCAGAUCCUUUGCGAGUGUCCUAACGGGGUACGAUGGUUUCUGAAGAAAGCCUGUGAAGCUCAAUGUGGACACGGUGACAGUGACGGAGCAUUCAACUAUUGUGUGGUGAGUGCCUUGAGUGAUCCUGGGGCGUACGAUAUGGCUCUAUGCUGA